AUUCAAGAACGAAAGAUUUCAUGUUUACUUGUAAAAUUGGAAGAUUUGAAAAAUUGAAACCUUUCUAUACUCACUGAUUGAAUCAGUAUUUUACAACAGUUCCUCCUAAUCAGCAUUAGAUGGAAUAUGACGAAUAAUCGGCUUUUACAUCUCUUAACCAUUCUUGCUACAAUAACCAUCAUAACCGCAAGCACUGAGAACGUUCAAGUCAACAGCCAAGACAAAAAUAGUACCAAUACUGCUAAUGCUGAACUUUACGAUCAUCAGACUAGCAAUUCGGUAGAAGAUAGCAUAAACAGCCAUCAUAGUUAUGGUAUUUCGCAAUUACCGAUAGCACCAAAUCAAAAAGCUUGGUGUAAACUUGCUAAGAUCGAGCAAGUUUUGAGCCAUCCAGGAUGUAUAAGUAAAACAAUUUCCAAUCAUAUUUGUGUCGGUCAGUGCUAUUCUUACAGAAUACCUAAAAGCUAUCCGCCAGAAGCCGGGCAAGAAAAUUUGCAACAUUGUGAAUGCUGCCAUGUUGUCGAUCAUACUUGGAAUACAGUCGAAUUAAAAUGUCCAACGUUAAAAAAUAAUGUGGAUAAAUUAGUGCAAUACAUUAGAUCUUGCGAUUGCAGACGAUGCCACCACACCAAAUCUUGAAAUGUUUCUCUAAACUUCUGUGUUACUAUCUUGGUGCUACCGAUUGAUAACGAAAUAGACGACUUCAGAAUUGAACUAUCUGAUCAAUAAGAGUAUAAGUCGUUUGAACUACUAGGGGUCAUUUCCGAGGUCAAUUAUCUUGUGGUAUAAGUGUAGUCAUAUAUAUUAACUCUCUUCCAGUAAAAAAAUGGCGUACUUUAAUACUUUAGCUAUUUCGAAGUGUUUUUAUAAGCCUUUUGCAUCUAUAACUCAUAUUUUACUCUUAUUUCUUGACCGAAAUAAGGCUAUUUCGAUACUUAAAUGAUUAAAUUCGAUGGUGACUUGUUUAGCAAUGAAUUCGUAAUCUAAUGUACAUAUCCUUGCAUUUGUAAUAUCAUUAGAUUGCUGACUAAUAAAACAG